AUGUUACUGGAGACGAAGGCCAUGCUAGAGAUGGUCCGGAAGGAAAACGCUGCCAUGCAGGCAGAACGGGCCGCUAGGGAAGUAGAACGGGCCGAACGAGAAGCAGAACAAGCCGCUAGGGAAGUCGAACGGGCCGAACGAGAAGCAGAACAAGCCGCAAGGGAAGUAAAACGGGCCGAACGAGAAGCAGAACAAGCCGCUAGGGAAGAGAAAUGGACAGAUAUGCUGAAGGAGAAUGCUGCAAUAAAGAGAAUAGUUUCAAGCUUUAGGGCCAGUCAGGUCGCCCUUCGCCGUGGAUUUUUGGAAGAAAUACGAACCUUGGGCGGGACCUUGUCCGCCAAAGACAAGGAUAUCAUGGUUUUCAGAAACGAGGUUGCACACGGCGGUGACAUUUGCGGUGACGUUGAAGCCAUUCGAUAUGUCGAGGACCAUGGACUGGCUUACGCCCCUCAGUAUAAAGAAGCCUUCUGUCGGGUGUAUGGGGUGCAGUUCCAUGAAAUCUGGACCACAGUUCAGUCAUAUCCCCAAGAGGCUAUACGGACGUUCGAUAUCCUCGCCUCCGUACGCUGCCUGUACUCGUGGCGACAGGAUCAGUCGCGGGAGGAAAUCGAGAGACUUGCACUAGACAUCAUCCGCACUGUGAUGAGUACCGAUGUCAUGAAGCUGCCUGCGUGUUUUGGGCAAAAGGGCCCCUUGCAGAAGAAGUUUGAGAGAGUGGAUUGGCUGUUCAUGGCGCAGAAACGGGCAUCUGGCUAUUGA